CCUCGUUUAUGCAUAUAUAAAUAUCAAAAUUUUCUAGUUUAGAAAUCAGAUUUAAUUUUGACUUGAUAAAAGAAAUUAUAAUGGUUCCACUUCAACUUUAUAUUGCUGUCAUAGCUGUAACGCUUUCUUCUGCUCUCCCUGGUCCAAAAAAGGAUAAUAAAUGGCAGCUCUGUCAGAAAUACGACUUGUUGUAUAAACAAUGUCUACCACCAUCGGACUGGAUUUGUGAUAAGAGUCAGAUUCCAGAGACCUACGUUUCAUUCAACAUCCGUAAAGCAAUGGAUCUCUCAGAUAGAGGUUUUGUGAAUUUCUUAAAACACAGCAGAGAAUGCAAUGGUGUCUCAAAACACGUAUUCUCUAAACAAGAUAAAAUGGAGGAUAUCAGAGGAGCUGGAGCGAAUGUGGCUAGAGUCCAUAAAUUUCCUAUGUGCAGAGAAGUGAAGACGCUUGUUACCCAUGUUUAUAGACCAUUCUAUAACGCAAUAACUGAUGUCAAAACAGGCUCUGAAAUUUGUGAAGUUGUUUUAAGCGACAGAGCCCAAAUUGUUUAUAAAGUGGAGUGUUUAGGUCAUAAGAGAACAACAAAAUGUAGAUUUCACUAUGCACCACAAAAAGAUUAUUACUGCCGACCAACCAAUUACGUCACAAGAACCAUGGUUAUUUUAUGCCCCAGCGACAAUGGAAUAUUAACCUACCACGUUGAGAAGAUCCCAACAGCCUGUAGUUGUGUAAAGGUUGGAUGUGACGAUACAUUCCCCCUCAAAAAACUUCUCCAUUAGUGAAGGAACAGUAUUAAGUCACUAACAAGGGCAUGUGCAAUAUAUUUCAUCCUCAUCAUUUAUGUGUAUUGUCUUUAAUGUUUAUGUCUACUUACAAACAACAACAAUAAUAUUGAAUAAAAAAUAGAUUUAAAAUU